CGGGUGUUACUCGACUCUGGUGACGGGGUCUCAAGAACGUCAACCGCAUGAUCUCAACUCACCGAAAGGAAAUCCCUCCACAGAGUGGAUGGUUAGGUAUCUCUUAUACUUGCGAGUAUGAUACAAUCACCACGACCACACCUCACAAGCCAAGCAUCAAGACAUUGCCAUCUAUCGCACUUUGAUCUCUUAAAGGCCAUUACUACUCCACAUGAUAUUCCCGUGUCGCUCAUAAACCACUGACAUGACAUCGGCAUCUCCGCUCGUCUAAUUGAUUCUGUAACCGAAUUUAGAAGAUACACGUGGUCAGGAUGAUGCCGUAACUCUUUCCCAAGGGUUCUUGAAACAACUGUAUAUAUUGAUGCACUGGCGAAUCGCUGGUAGUGAAGUAUUAACCGCGGGACAGUGAGGAGUUAGCGGAGGAUCGAUCGGGAAUCAUUUCGAUGGACGAUUCGGAGAUAACAUUUUUGUGAGUGUUGCUUUGGAUAAAAGGAGUAAGAACUGCUGAGAACUCCAGACAGAAGUGAAAAUGGGGAACAAAAACGCUCGGAUAUCUGACCAGGAUUUGGAAUACCUCCUGAAUAAAACUUCGUUUUCUCGAAAACAGAUUAAGGACUGGCAUAAGGCAUUUCACAAAGACUGUCCAGAGGGUGAAAUCUCACGGAACAAAUUCCUUGACAUAUAUUCCCAGCUCUUCCCCGAUGGCAAAGCAAAAUCAUUCUACGAGCACCUGUUCAGAACAUUCGAUAUAGACAACAGUGGGAAAAUCGAUUUUAAGGAAUUUUUAGUGGCAAUUAGUAUAACACAAGACGGCAACCCUGAAGACAAGCUUGAUUUGGCAUUCCGACUGUACGACAUCGACCGAAAUGGUGCUAUUGAGGAGAGCGAAAUGGCCGAAGUAAUACGAGCAAUUUACAAAAUGGUUGGCCAAGAUGCAGAUCUCGACGCAGCGAAAAAUGGCGUCUCCGCUGAUGAGAGGGCAAAGGUCAUAUUCAAAAAGAUGGACGAAAACUCUGAUGGACAGCUGACGAAGGAGGAAUUCCUUAAAGGCUGUUUGAACGAUUCAUCGCUGUAUAAUAUGUUAACGGGGAAGGGCGAGGGAUUAGAGCCACUGAGUGUGAAACCGAAGGAGAAAGACGCUGAACCUGAUGAUGAGAGUUUUUGAAGUACUGGUUUCCAUUUUUUGAUUGAUACAAAGCCUAGCCUUCUCUUUGAUUAUGCAAAACUGUCUUACUUUGGGUCGGCGGAUCUUCAUUUUGGCCGCGUGGAAAUCGCGGAUGUUGUCGCGCACGGACGUUAUGCAUUGAUGCACGAAAGCCUAUUGCUGGGAAGUUGGUGUUAGAACUUUUUGGGCGGACUGGUUUGGGCAAACUAUGAGGGAAUCAUGUGGACGUAUUGGCAAGAAGAAGAGUGCACACGUAUUCAAAGUUUAAACAUAGCAGCAUUAUUAUCACUGCAGGCUUUUUCUGCUUUACACCGUCUUAUACAUGUAAAAAGGGGGCACUGAGCCGGAUGUACGGAGCCUAGUGGAAUCACAGGGCAUUUGACUACGGGGCUUGCUAUACUCGCCCUUUAAGAUUGUCAAUAUCGCCACGAACAUCCGUUAUAUCGCGCAAUCUUUGACAUUGUAUAUACAGUAAUUUUAUUAUUUUACGCCUCAGUCCUCUUUCGUUUUUGGAGCGUCUAGCGAAGGACACGGGCGUAUCAUUUGGCAAGAAAUGCUGGAUAUCUGACUCAAAACGGAGUUCCAGGGGUAUCGCAGUCUCUGUACACACAUAUUCUAUUGCUUAGGGCUGAAAGCAGCGUCCACAUCAAUGUAAUUCACCGCCAUAACCAAAGAAAUAUGCACAUAUACCAGUUAGCUGUAGCUACAUGUAUGCACCACAUAUAUUGACUAACAAAGUACAAUACGACAUGGGAGAAAAAUGCCAAUCAUACAAAAAUACA